AAUUACAAAUAACGGGUAUAAUACUGUGUCUUGUUGUGUUACUUAUUUACGUCAAGAAAACUUAAAUAAAAUUAUCAGUCAAGUAAUACGAGUUAAUUUAGUUAAGUUAAUAGUAGGUAAUAUGAAUACGAUAGAUAGUACGAUAGUGAUACGAAUUACGAGUACAGUACCACAGAUGUUAAAGAAAUUGGAGCUUAAGUUAUAAGCUUGUAACACUAAACUGUCAAUGUCAUUCAUUAUUGGCACCUGUUGCCAUGGCAGCGAUUACUCCUUUGUAGAAUUGUUUUAUUUUGAGCAUGGGAAAAUGAGAUGGAAAUAGAACUAAACGCGUGGAAAACAGAGUAGGCACAUAGGAAGAAAUAUUCAAAAUGUGUCGCACGCAUUUAAGAAUGUGCGAAUGGAACUUGUAAAAUUGAAUGUAAACAAAAAAAUACAAGACUCUUAGACAGCUUGUUUUCAAUUAAAAUUCAAUUCAACAAUGAAUGAGUUAAACGCAAACGUACCUGAGCCUAAAAAAGUAGGCGUUUGGGCGGAAGGCACACACAUCGAAGCGAAAGAGUUCGUUAUACCUAAGAAGUCGCCAGAUUCCAGUGAUGAUAUACCAACAAUACCAGAUCUAGAUGAUUUGCAAGAUAUCUUGGAAAAAGAAAUAACUACACCACCGGUGUCUGAUCAAAAAGACACAGAAACAGUGAACACACUUUCUGAAGUUGGAGGUGGAAUAUCGGGAGCUGCUGGGAGCAUUGAAGCUGUACUAGAAGUACUCAACUCUUACAUACCUCAGGAGGAGAUGGACUCCGCUGAUACUGUGUGGACUGUGGACUCCUUGCUCCAGGAAUUGGCUGAAGAAAGUCAGGAAUAGGUUGGUCUUGGGGUAUAUUUCUAAUGGUAUACAUAAAAUGUCUGUUAAAUAUAUCUCAUAAAAAACAUUUAUUAUAAACUUCACAAAUUCUAUGAUACAUAUUUACUGUGACUAAAAAUGAUUGAAAAAUUUGUCUAACUAGUAAUGUUUGUAAGGGAGUAGCUUCCUACUAUAGUCUAAAUAACUUGUGAUUGCACUUUAGGCAUGGGAUCAUAAUUUUUUGAGUUAUGUACCAUACUUAUUUAUCUUUGACUAACAAUAAUAAUACAGUUUUUCAGUAUUUUGAAAUAUAAUCGAUUUACUAUGAGAAAUAAUUUUAUUUAUAUUUAGGUACAUUUAUUAAACUAGAAUAGCGAAGCUAUAGAAAAUUAAGUAACAAUAUUAAGUAUAAUUUUAUUUGAUAUUUUAGAAGGUAAAUAUUUGCAAAAAUACUAAUGAAUUUAAAUAUUAGAAAAAAGAAUAAAAUACUAAACAAAUUUCUUUUAUGAUUUUGAUGUCUAUCAACUACUAUCAAGUUAACGUGAUACAUCAAGUUUUGGUUGAUGAAAUUGAAAAACAAAAAAUUACUCGUCAUUGUUUUAUUUGUAAAAACGUUUAUUCGUAAUAUUACUAUUAUUAAAUACUGUGCUAUAAUAACAGUUAUUGUAACAAAUUCUCCGUCCAAUUAUUAUUUAUACAUAGACUAAGGAAUGAUUGUUCUCACUUAUUGUAAAAAAAUAAAUAAUUACAAUAUGAAAUCAUUGUUUUGUUAUGGUUGUACAUUAAUUUUCGCAUUAGUUAUCUGGUAUCUUUUACAAUUGUAUUGUUUAUAUUAUAAUUUUAAUUAUAAAAAAAAUAUUUUAUGAGCAUUAAACAAUAAAUAGUGAAUCA